AUGAAGUUCAACAGCUCGCUGCUCCGAGUGCGCGAGGGCGACGGGCAGCUGACCGUCGGGGACGCGGGCCUGGACCGCGAGCGGCUGUGCGGCCAGGCACCACAGUGCGUGCUGGCCUUCGACGUGGUCAGCUUCUCGCAGGAGCAGUUCCGGCUGAUACACGUGGAGGUGGAGGUGAGGGACAUCAACGAUCACGCGCCGCGCUUUCCCCGGGCCCAGAUCCCCGUGGAGGUGUCCGAGGGCGCGGCUGUGGGCACGCGCAUCCCGCUGGAGGUGCCGGUGGACGAGGAUGUGGGAGCCAACGGGCUGCAGAGCGUGCGCCUGGCCGAGCCUCACAGCCCCUUCCGCGUGGAGCUGCAGACGCGCGCGGACGGUGCCCAGUGCGCGGACCUGGUGCUGCUGCAGGAGCUGGACCGCGAGAGCCAGGCCGCCUACAGCCUGGAGCUAGUGGCCCAGGACGGCGGCCGCCCGCCGCGCUCCGCCACUGCCGCCCUCAGCGUGCGAGUGCUGGACGCCAACGACCACAGCCCGGCCUUCCCGCAGGGCGCCGUGGCCGAGGUGGAGCUGGCGGAGGACGCGCCCGUGGGCUCCCUGCUGCUGGACCUGGACGCAGCCGACCCCGACGAGGGCCCCAACGGCGACGUGGUGUUUGCCUUCGGUGCCCGCACCCCUCUCGAGGCGCGCCGCCUCUUCCGCCUGGACCCGCGCUCGGGCCGCCUCACCCUGGGAGGACCCGUGGACUACGAGCGCCAGGACACCUAUGAGCUAGACGUGCGGGCCCAGGACCGCGGUCCCGGGCCUCGGGCCUCCACCUGCAAAGUCAUCGUGCGCAUCCGCGACGUCAAUGACAACGCUCCGGACAUCACCAUCACCCCGCUGGCCGCCCCGGGCGCGCCUGCCGCCUCUCCCUUCGCCGCCGCCGCCGCCGCCGCCGCUCUCGGGGGUGCGGACGCGACCUCGCCGACCGGACCUGGAACGCCGGAGGCCGGCGCCAUCUCGCUGGUGCCAGAGGGGGCGGCGCGCGAGAGCCUGGUGGCGCUGGUCAGCACCUCGGACAGAGACUCGGGCGCCAAUGGGCAGGUGCGCUGCGCCCUCUACGGGCACGAGCAUUUCCGGCUGCAGCCGGCCUACGCGGGCAGCUACCUGGUGGUGACCGCGGCGUCCCUGGACCGCGAGCGCAUCGCUGAGUACAACCUGACGCUGGUGGCCGAGGACAGAGGCGCGCCCCCUCUACGCACCGUGCGGCCCUACACGGUGCGCGUGAGCGACGAGAACGACAAAGCGCCACUCUUCACGCGACCAGUCUAAGACGUGUCAGUGAGGGAGGACAACCCGCCUGGCGCCUACUUGGGCCGCGAAGGCCAGGUCACCUACCGACUGCUGGAGGCCGAAGAGGGUCGCGCCCAGGACGCCGUGUCCCCCUACACCUCUGUGGACCCUAUUACUGGGAAGCUGUGUGCACAACGGUGCUCUGAUCGCAAGUAACUGGCUGAGCUGCAGCUGGGGCUGGAAGCUCUCGACGGCGGCUCUAUGCAGCUGUGGGGCUGGGCCGUGGUGUGCCUGCAUGUGGAGGACCAGAACGGGCACUCACUGGUCACACUGCCAGAACGGCUGAGACGAAGGCCCCAACACAGAGCUAAUUUCCACCGUAGCGGCGGCGGCCCCGCGGCUCUAGCGCCGCACCCGUUCACGGGUGAGCUGUCUUUUCAGCGCCGCUUGUCCCCACAGCCCACCAACCAGCUGACGGCGGUCGUCAUGGUGCGGGACCGAGGCCAGGGGGCUUUAUCGCGCACCGCCACUUUGCUCCUAGUGCCCGCGGAUUUGGCGCCACCUGGCGGAGAAGUGAUGCUGGUGCCGCCUUCGCCGCCGCCGCCGCCAAAAGAGGGAGGCGGCUGUGGCCUUCUGCUGGUGGCCAUUGCCAUCGAGACUUGUUCCAGCCAAGGCGAGGCUAGGACGCGGAAGAAGAAGCUCUGUGGGCAUAGCUUGAAGGAGCUCAGAGCGUCGGGGGCUGACUCUGGGGGCUUUGAGUUGAGGUUCUUCGUGGAGACACUGGCCCUUUCCGUUUACGCAGAGGCCCAGGAGGGCGAGGCUGCGGAGAUUUCCCGGUCUGGGGGCAGUGGGGUGUUCUUGUGCUCCUCCCUUCGAAAGAGGAGCGGGAUCCUGUGGGCCCUGGCAGAGCACCCCAGCAGUCUUAGGGUCCUCAUGAACGUUUAG